CUGUCCGUUGGACGUCUGGACGGACAUAGACUCAGACCAGCGGCCAACGUUAAUUCAUCCUCCGCUCUUAGAAUCGGACUCUCAUUAAUAAUUUAAUAAAUCAUGACGCUUAAAGGGGCUGUGUUGGGUGAGCCUCGGGUCCAACCUUGGUGAUUUAACCAUGGUAACUAAAAGGAAGAGGGCUUCGGCUACCACAUAAAGUCAGUUGACAAACUGUGGCGGACGUUAACGGAAGAAUGGACGGAGUGAAAACUGGCCCUCAACAGGACUGAACCUCCCGCCCGGGUCUCCUCGGGCUCCAUGUCACCCUCCUCUCCGUGCCAGAUGCCCCAGCGGGGCGAUGGCUGCUACAAGCCGGCACCGGUGUCCCCUGCUCCGCCUGUGCCCCCGCGGAGGGUCCGGAGCCGGGACAGAGGCUCGGGCAGGACGCGGCGAUCCGCGGCAGGGUCAGCGGGAGCCGGAGCAGCGGAGAAGCGGGUGAAGUGCGUCCUGGUCGGGGACGGGGCUGUGGGGAAAACCAGCCUGGUGGUCAGCUACACCACCAACGGCUAUCCAACCGAGUACGUCCCGACUGCGUUUGACAACUUCUCAGCGGUGGUAUCAGUGGACGGGCAGCCAGUUAAACUACAACUCUGUGACACAGCUGGACAGGAUGAGUUCGACAAGCUGCGCCCUCUGUGUUACACCAGUGCAGAUGUGUUCCUGCUGUGCUUCAGCGUCGUCAGCCCUGCCUCAUUUCAGAACGUUCCUGAGAAGUGGGUACCAGAGAUUCGGAAACACGCCCCCUUUGCGCCGCUGGUUCUUGUCGGGACGCAGUGUGAUCUCAGAGAGGAUGUCAAGGUCCUCAUUGAUCUGGCGAAGUACCGUGAAAGACCCGUGGACCCAGUGGAUGCCCAGGACUGUGCGAUGGAGAUUGGAGCAGUGGCCUACUUAGAGUGCUCUUCGCUGACCCAAAAAAAUCUCAAGGAAGUGUUUGACACAGCCAUAUUGGCCAGCCUGCAGAACUACAGCUCCCAUAAGCACCAAAGGGGGAAAAAGAAACGCAGAAAAAAGCAAAGACAGACACCGGACAAGAUGAAAAGUCUGUCAAAGUCGUGGUGGAGAAGGUACUGUUGUGUGGCUUAGAGGAGACUUUAUUCUUGUCUGAUUCAGCUGGGUUUUAGUUGACAAGCACAGAAAGGUGGUUUUCUCUUUAAAAGGAGACGGAUACAGGACCUCUCCUGGACUGCGGCUGGGAAGUGUCACAGAUGUAAAAUAUUUUGUUUUUAGCCCCCAUUCUGGAUUCUGGAUGAGAUUUACUACUGAGCCUCCCUGCAGGAGAAGGUGGUGCUGUGUCUCCUGGAAUUAAACUGGCAUGAACCAGUUCUAUUGUGGGACUAGCAGAAGAUGUGAUAAUAUUGUUCAGGAUUAGACUGGUACAGAUUUGAACAGGAACUUGGAACUGUGUUUUCUCUGGAGUUAGAUCCAACCUAUAAUGGAUUUAUGCAGCCUGGUUACAAACCCUGGAGGGGAACUGGACUGUCUUCAGAAUAUAAUUGUUAUUAUUGGUGGCUUAAAAACUGUGCGUCCAAUUCCUGGUCCUUUUUUUAAAUUGCUUCUAAAUUUAGUCUGGUUUCAGAUGCCCAUGAUUAGAAAGAACUGCUAACUGAAAUAGACCGGACCAGACCAAACGUUGUCAUUUUGGAGUUUCUGACCCAGACAAUGAUCAGUGGCUAUAAUUAUAGUCAGAACAAGUCCAACCCUCAGUUAAUUUUAGAGCUGCUUUUUAUAACUGGGGCCAUUGUUAUUCAUAAUGAAAAAAAAAACUUUAUUAAACUGUUAAGUAUUUCCUGGUGACACACAUGUUUAGUCUAUAACCUGGAUCAGGUUUUCCCCUUUUAUUAUAGUGCUGAUCUGGACAAUUAUGCUGUUAGAUCUGGCAUGAAAUUAAGCAUAGUUUUCAGCGUGUCCUGACAGAAAAAGGUUCGGUGAGGCUUAGGCUUUGGAUAGGUGCCAAUCAUGUCUUUCUUCUUGUGCUUUGAUCAAAAGUGAGAUUUCAAAGAAUAAGGAGCCAGAUAAUGAAGAAAAAAUCAUAAUAUGUUAAAAAGCAUGUCUGAAUAUCCACUGCUCUCUAAUAGCAAGUUGUAUCUUUAGUCAAGAAGAUACAACCUGGAUCCAGGACUCAGUGACCCACUUUGGGUUUCCACUGGUAGCUGUGGUAUUUUAUCAUCUUCAUCUAGCCCCCAUUAUCACUGAAAGACUGAACAAUCUGUUAAAAUAGAGUGGUACCGGUGUGGCGUGGUUAAAUAUAAAUCUCUGCACUGUGCUGGUGACUGGUGCUUGACCUUAAUCGGGCAGGAGGACAUUUUGUAAUUCAUGAUCGCAUUGUUCCACAAACGAGAACGUUGCUCAGUGCAGUACUCAAGUGGCUCUUUUCACAUGGAAAUGAAGAAUUCAGUUUAAAACUGAGACAUUCGAAUCUAAAUCAUCUACAGGCACAAGCUGCAAGGCAGGCAAAUAAAAGCCAAUUGAUGUUAGAUAUUUGUUCUGCUUGAUGUGGGUUUGAUUUAUCUUUGCAGACACUUAAACAACCUUAACUAUGAGCACGUAAUGUAAUUAAACCCACGCAGUGCUCUUUGCAUGUGCUUGUUUCUGUAAGUUUGCAAAAAAAAAAGAAAAAAAAGAAAGUGACUUCACCUUUUUUUUUUAAAAAUGCAAUUAAGACUGUGAAGUUUGAAUUUUCUACUAGCAAUGUUAACCAUCCGUUUUUCUGCCCUCACUGUUAUAGCCAACCCUGUGUUUACUGUUUUCUGUGAUAGUGCUUGCAGGCUGUCCUCUCUCAAAUAGAUGUAGCUUUAUGUGUUGUAAAGCAGCAAUAAAAACAAAAGUGAAGAUGGAAAACAUGUGGCUGUCACACACUCAGCUGCCACACCUUCCUUCGUACACCAUAGUUACUAAACCGAGAGCACAGACCAGCAGGGUCUGUUUUAUUUUUCUUCAGUGUCUCCGUCUAAAAAGGCCCGUUGUAUUAAAGUCACUGCAGCAGACAGGAAAGAGCACAAUGUUUGUUAUGCCAUUUUGUAGCAUAAAACACAAUUAUUCAUAGAGAUCAGACAUGAACACUGUCAUAGCUGCAUUUCAAAAUUUGGAAGUUUUAUCUAACUUCCCAGUUAAAUGUCAGAAUUUAUUAGAAAAAAAAAGAUAACUAUAUUAUGAAAAACAGAUUUAUUAUUUGACUGACGCAUUUCAGCUUGCGGCCUUCAUAAAACAUAUCACAGACCAGAUUCUAAACAGCACAGAGUAAAAAUAUAUACAAGAGCCAGCAUACAUAUCCACCAAUGAGGCACCAAAAAGGAUGGCCUGGGCAAAUGGUUUAAAGCUCAGGGUCUUAAAAUUGUUUAAAAGAUUUGAUUUAAUGACAUAUUUUCCUUCUUGUAUUGUUAGUGACAUAAAAAUAACUGAGGCUGUGGAUGUGUGAAGUUACAAUGAUAUCAGGCCCAUGUAAGAUGUAACUGACAGGUAUUUUGGCUUUUAAGCGUGGUGUGAAAACCUUGUACAGUUCUCAAAAAUAAGCAUUUUCCCCCAAAGAACUACCCCGCAUCACAUCUGUGGCCAUUGGGUUCUUUACUGGUGUGAAGCAGAGUAAGCCAUGUUGUGCCUGGGAAGUUCAAUUCAUUUUAAUAAUGAGACUUUUAUUUAGAUUAAAAUAUCCACAGUUUGGAAUCCACGUAGUGUUUUCUGUCAGAGUUGCAUAUUUUCAGCCAAUUAGUAAAUUACACUCUUGUGCUCAUUUUCAGCUUCAUAAUUAUUCUUGGACUCUAGAGUAGCUUUGCAUGAGUCACAGUUCAAAAUAAUCCUUAUGUUUCUUGCACUGGGCCUUCUGUCAUCUUCUGUCUGAAACAAACUGUUUUUAGGCCCUUUCAACCUUUUUUGGAUUCCUCUUGUAAACAGAAGGUCUGAAAAGUUUGGCAGGUGGGUGGAGCUUCUGUGCUCAGAAAUUACCAUAUUAAAGUCAUCACCUCUCAGUGACAUCAUAAAGAUCCAAGAGUAAAAAAACAGCCUCAGCCUUUGGGCUCACAGGGAUAUCUGAUGUCAUUAUUUGAAAAUUUGCCUGUGUUUAAUACGACCAUCCAUGAGUGUAACAGUUGAUGUAUAACAGAAAAUAAGAAAAAGCAAAACAGAUCAGCUUUAGAAUGGGUUUUACUAGAGCUGCUUGGUAGCUUUCUAUUGAAGAUGUUACAGUGGAGACUGAAUGGUUUCACUGUUUCACGGUGUUUUAGGCUUGAUAGCAAACGCAUUGUUUCUUGCAGGGGAAAAGGCAUAAUAGGUUACUUGUCUUGCUGUUUGUGUGCAGUCUUGGCUGAUGGUGCAGUAAAGUAGGCUAAAGGUCAUGCAGAGUCUUUAUCAUAGCUUGUGUUUCCCUUUAUCAGCUUUUACCUAGUUUAAAUUUUCUGGAAAGUAGGAUGUUUGCUCACUGCAGUCUUUCAGUAAAUAUACUUUUUUUUAAAAAAAUGUAUACCUACUGAAAUACAUUAAAUCAACAUAUUCUUACAUAGGUCUGAGUUGGAUUUGAGGAUAAAUCCUCCUUGAUGAUUUUUUCUCCUCCUUAUACAUUAAAAUUUGAUUCCAUAAAGCAUGCAAAUUAUGCCACUCUGUUCAUGACUGACUGAUUAAUAGGAUAUUACAAUUCAAACUGCUGUCAUGUGAUACAACUUUUAAUGUGUAAGACUGACUGUGCUACCAGAAAACAGCAUAGAUUAAGUUUUACUUCUUUUAGCUGCCCCCUCCCCCCUUUUCCCCCAAGUGUUCAACAGCAGCAUGCACCCUGCACUGUAUGAUGGAUGUAAGGAAUUGCAAUGUAGAACAGAUCGGUCUCGGGAAGUGAGCAGUGUUUAAAGACAGUCAGAGAAGACAUGUGGUGUGCUGGUAUUCUUCUAAAGCUAAGACAGAAAUGUUCUGUGUUUGGAGCAGGUCCAAAGUCAGGAGUUUUAUAGGUGUUAUUGAGCUAUGAGUUUUCAGAGAUGUGGUUGAGUUUAGCUAUUGCAGUAGAUUUGGUGCUGGAACUGGAUUCCAGAGUGACCUAAUUAUCCCUGCUGAGGACACUUAUCAAUAAGUAACUUGUGUAGUGCUAUUGGAUAGCAAGUUAAAGUCAUCCAAUAGGAAAAUGUUUGAGUCAGACUACAACAAGAACUGAUCCUCUGUUUACUUUAGGUCUAAAUGUGCAACUUCAUGCACAUUUAGACCUAACUGGGCACUAAAUGCCCAUGUUGACCUAAUUUCUGAUUGCACAAGACUGCACCACGUGGUUAUGUGAGUGUAAACAGAAGCAUUGCCAAACAGAAGGUCUCAUUUUUGAGGUUCAAUUGUUUUACUGAGGUUGAUACCCCCUAGAGGACACCUGAGCUCACUCACAUGAGACACCAGCUGAAAGCUUCUCUUAGGAAACUAGUCCACUGAGCCUGUGUGAAGCGCCAGUGUUUUCAUUUUCUCUGCAUAUAAAAACACUGCUACAAUUCUCUGUUUAACCGAGGGCUUUGGUUUGUGUUUGAUAUAUUUGUACAGAUGUUUUAUACCCUGAGAAAUAAAGAAUAUUUGGUAUAAAAAUA